AUGCCAAAAACUAUAUCGAGCGGCGAAGUUGAACUCGCUUCGUCGGCACUCUUCAGCAACAACAUGGAGAAGAAUUCCGUUGAAAGCGUGACCUCGCGUUCUUCGCGGUCUUCCCACGGCAGAGAGAUGCCAAAAACUAUAUCGAGCGGCGAAGUUGAACUCGCUUCGUCGGCACUCUUCAGCAACAACAUGCAGAAGUUGUCCGAAGUGCUCCACCGAGCCGCGAACCCAGGUCUGGUAGUGAAUUCCUUGAUCUCAUCCGGGAUGACUGUCCUCGGUCAAGCUGUGAGCACCGGCAAUGCAGAGGCCGUAAGGAUAUGUUUGCGAGAACCGUCUCGCGGGAAAGACGAGCGUACUGCCCGAAGCUCCUCGGGCUCACCCAGACUGAAGCAGAACGCAGCGAUUUCACCCAAGGCCUGCCGUGACUCUGUGCUGUGUCCCCAGACGCGCUCAUCUUCCUUCGAGAGGCGGACCCGAGUAGAUAUCAACCGCACGGACUUCUUCGAUCGCUCGCCACUUCACUACGCAGCUGAACUGGAGUCGAGCGAUAUACUGAACUUAUUGAUAGAGCGCGGAGCCUCAGUGAACUCGUCAGACGCAAACUGCAUGACGCCCCUCCACGUGAGCGUCUACCGAGGUCGUUUGACGAAUGUGGAAAUAUUGAUCAGUAACGGGGCUCGACUCAGCGGAAAAUCGAUCGAGAAGCAGACCCCUCUUCACAUGGCAGCUUCUUACGGACACUUGGAGAUCUGCGCAGCUCUUCUCCGAGCUGGAGCCCAGAUCGACGCCCUCGACUCGUCGGAAAGGACCCCCUUGAUGCUUGCGCUACAGCACAAGCAUCUGAAAAUCAUGAAGCUUCUGAUUGAUCACGGCGCGAAUGUGAAUGCGAGAGAAAUCCACGGAGAGAGUCCGAUCGUCGCAUCAGUGUGGGCAAACGAUGCUGAAGUCGUGGAUCUCCUGCUUAGAUCUGGCGCGAGGAACCAUCCCUCCGACGGCCUGCUACAGACGGCCAUUUACCAUCACAGUCCGCAUAUGGUCAAAAUAUUGUUGCCUUAUACUCCGGUGCCUUUACCCAGAAACACAGUCGGUGAGACACCCCAGCUGGUUGCAAUCAAAGAGAAACAGUUCGAUAUAUUCCUGAUCCUGGUGAACCAUGGUGCAGAUUUGUCCAUAAGAAGUUCUAUAUCGGGCGAGACACUUCUACACAUCCUCGUGGAAACGUUCGCAGAGACAUUCGAUCUACCCCUCUUCAGGAAUUUCCUAAAGAUUCUAGUCCAACUCAAUUUCGAUCUUAUGGACUCGGAGACUUGCGUCCAAGGAGAGACUGCUCUCUUCAUGGCGGUGAAAUCCAGUAAACUGAAAUUCUCCAUGCUUCUCGUCGCCAAUGGCUGCGAUCCGAAUGCUGGCCACGCCUUCACCUACAAGAAUAUAGAUGUCCUGAGAAUUGCUCGGAACAAAGGAAGCCUCGAGCUCGUUCGACUGCUCAUCGAUGCCGGUUACGAUCUAAGGAAAGGGAUCGAGCCGUUGCCUCUAACGGUGACACCGAGAGAUUCUCCCGUAGAGAAAUUUCUAGCCGACGCCUGUAGGACUCCUCUGGCGUUGAGGAAAAUUGCGAGGCUUAGCGUUCGACGUCUCCUUAAAAGACCAUUGGAGAAGAGCUUGCGGCAGAUUUCACUGCCGGUGAUGCUGAAAGAUUUUCUGCAGUUUUCCGACCAUGUUGAGCUCUUGUAG